GUGCUUCCUGUGUCACCUACCUGGUCAUUCAAGACGUAACUGCCCAGAGGGCAAGUGUCCUCCUUCCAAUGGUCAUCAGGGAAACUGAAUGAUCUGCGUGGAGGGGAGGACAGCGCAGAUCCAGCAAGACUUACCUGAACCUGUUCAAAUUCGAUCCAGUACACAAUACACACAGAACUCGUCGCCCGCACCGAGAUCAGAAGCGGAGAUGUCACAGCGCUUGUGUGAUUUGGGCCUGCAGGACCUGGACCUCUCGUCCUGUGAAGUUUCCCCAGAAUGGAGAGAUAGGCUGCUGCGACUCAUUGAGCAGUAUGAGUCCAUCUUUUCAAGGCACAAAAUGGACUGUGGUGAGGCUGCUGACUUUGUCCACAGAAUCCGUCUGGUGGAUGACAAGCCCUUCAGACUGCCAUACAGACGGGUCCCACCAUGCCAUUACGAGAAGCUUCGCACUGCUCUAGAUGAGAUGGAGGAGUCAAGGAUAAUCCGUAAGUCCCAGAGUGAAUUCUCAUCCCCCCUUGUCUUAGUUGUUAAGCCAAAUGGUGACCUGCGCAUAUGCAAUGACUUUAGAUGGUUAAAUGCAAGAACAGUUAAAGAUGCACAUCCAUUGCCUCAUCAGUCAGACGCCCUCGCAGCACUUGGUGGGAAUGUUUUUUUUUCUACAAUGGAUCUCACAUCGGGGUUUUACAAUGUCAGACUCCACGAGGACGACAAAAAAUACACGGCAUUCUCCUCCCCAUUUGGCCUUCAUGAAUAUAACAGGAUGCCUCAAGGCCUGACAAAUAGUCCUGCUACUUUUAUGCGAAUGAUGAUGUCCAUUUUUGGUGAUGAGAACUUCACAAGCUUGUUGUGUUAUCUGGAUGACCUUAUGGUCUAUGCCCCAUCCGAACAGGUGGCUCUUGAACGUCUGCAGAUGGUUUUCUCACGACUUUCUGCCAACAACCUGAAGCUUUCACCUAAGAAAUGCCACUUUCUUAAACGGUCUGUGAAGUUCCUGGGACACAUCAUAUGUGGUGAGGGUGUGAAAACAGACCCGAGUAAAGUGCAGGCUAUAGACAAUGUGCAGGAAGCAGACCUGAUGGAGUCUGACGGGGUGACACCAUGUGCAAGGAAAAUCAGAUCCUUCCUGGGGAUGGUUCUCUACUACCAUCAUUUUAUCGAGCGGUGCUCUGCAAAAGCUAAGCCACUGUUUGAUCUUGUGGCUGAACCAGCUGCGCCACACAAGAGAGGUAGAGGCCGUAAGCCUAAAUUUAAAAGGGGCCACGUGAAGCUGUCUCCAGCUGACUGGACUGAUGAGUGCAGGGAAGCAUUCAAGGCCCUAAAACAUGAACUUGUGCAUAGUGUCACGUUAGCCCAUCCAGAUUUUACUGCACCCUUUAUCCUUGCAGUUGAUGCUUCCUUUGACGGCCUUGGAGCCGUCCUCUCACAGUUGCCCCCUGAUGAUAGGAUCGCCAGACCAGUGGCAUUCGCCAGUAAGACCCUGUCACACUCUCAGCUUAACUAUCCAGCGCAUCGUUUGGAGUUUCUUGCUCUGAAGUGGGCAGUCUGUGACAAGUUUAGCCAUUGGCUGAAAGGGAGCCACUUCACAGUGUGGACGGAUAAUAACCCACUGACGUACAUCUUAACCAAGCCUAGGUUAGAUGCAUGUGAGCAACGAUGGGUUUCGAAGUUUGCGGCGUACAGUUUUGAGCUGAAGUAUGUCCCUGGCACCAAAAAUGUUGUUGCGGAUGCAUUGAGUAGGGAUCACUGA